GCAAACAAGUGUGCCUAGGGAGAGUUUGCAGUACAGAGGCAAUGGUCUGUUUAUGUCCGAGGCCUGUAUAAGCUGAGGACGUAUCACUGUUUAUGUUUAGGCUUUACAAUGGCCAGUGAGGGAGUUUCAAGUACAGUGUCCAGCAAGACAGGUGAGCUACUGGGUUGUGUGUCAGGUGUCUCAGGCUCAUGUGACACUGGGCAGAGUUGUGAAUGUGAGCCAGAUGUGUGUGAGCCUCCAUCUCUGGAGGAGCUGGAGGAGGUGCUACAUUCAGCCCAGAGCUCCUGUAGGCACGGAGACGAGGUGUGGCCCAACCUAUACCUGGGGGAUAUGUAUAUGUCUCAUAACAAGUAUGAGCUGUGGAAGUUGGGCAUCACUCAUGUCCUGAAUGCAGCCCAUGGUAAGAUGUGUUGUAAAGGCAGUGAUGAUUACUACGGUACCACAGUCAGCUAUUACGGUGUUCCUGCCAAUGACCUACCCACCUUUGACCUCUCACCUUUCUUUCACCCUGCUGCUCAGUUCAUCCACCAGGCAUUAAAGUCAGGAGGCAAGGUGUUAGUGCACUGUGCUGUAGGAGUGAGUCGGUCGGCUGCGUUGGUCCUAGCCUUCCUCAUGAUCCAUCAUCAUCAUCCUCUGCUGGCAGCCAUCCGGCUGGUGCAGCAAAAACGAUGGGUGUUCCCCAACAGAGGCUUCCUAAUGCAGCUUAUUAAUCUGGACUACACUCUUCACAGAGAGAGAAGGGACUGAAUACACACACACCAGACCUGGGAUAACUAUAGUUUUGAAUAUUAUUACUAAAAGCAUGGCUGUAUCAGGUAAUGCAUGUUGCAGAUAGAAAUAUAAUGAAUAGAGCAAACACAAUUCCCUACACUAUUCAAAUCUACCUUGCAGUCGAUCAUACUUGUUGUACAUAAUGCAUUUAUAUCUGAACAUUCUGUACAUUUCCAAUCUCCUGAACAGGCCCCAGGUGUAGAAAAUCAAGUCAAACCAAUGAUAUUUUGUACAGAUAAAUCUAAAUAAGUUGUGAUGCUCAACUACAUAUCCUCUGGCGUGUUGAUUUUAAUGUGUUGAUGUUCUCUUUAUCCAUAACCAGAAUGAUUUUGCAGGGCAUAGUGAUCAAACAGGUUUCAUGUUAUAUUCAGAGGUGUAGAGAGGGUGAAGUUUAUGAAUCCCCCAAAAAUGUAAUUAUACAGAUAUUAUACAAAAAAUGCACACAACAGUAUUCAUAACUUCUUCUUUUUUUAGAGUGUAUGACUCUUUAAAACAUAGAACUUGGAAGGUCAAAAGCUGCAAUUAAUUUUAUGAUUCCAUAAAAUAAUUCAAAGCCCUUUGUAAACAUUGCAAACGAGAAGUUGGAUGCUUAGAAAAAAAACACAUUUGAACCUCUUUGUCCAUCUGAGAGUUCUUGUUUCAAACACAUACUACACAUCCCCGAAAUAUAUCAUAUGUAGUGUGCAACUCUUUUUAAUAUAUGUUUUAAUAUCAAACACGCUAUCAUUAAAGGGAUAAUUUACUCAGAAUACAAAUUAACAUGAUUUUCCACCUACCUUUU